ACCUCAUGAAGCUGAAGAGGCAGAGAAGAGUCUCUCCACAUCAGAACACCAGAUGGACAACGCUAGCCGUUCCGGCCUCCCGGAGUCCCAGUGUUGUGCCUCUCCCGGGAUGAAAAGGUUGUCUCUGCUGCUGGUAGACUGCAGGAAAGCAACGGGGCUGAGUGGAACUGUGAGAGGAGGAGGAGAGGAGAACGGAUCAGAUUUGACACAUAAAAAAAUUGAGAGUGACACAGAAGGAAUGGAUGAGGACUCUGUGAGUGAUCUGAGUUUGGAUUCCAGCGCGGAUGACAUGUUUUUGGAAGAAGAAGAUCCACUUUUCGAUCAUGGCACUGACCCCGACUGGGAGCCCCCAGUGCCAACUUGUCCAUCCCCCUCUGAAGCUGGUUCAUCCAGCUGUACCCCUGCUGUCUCUGGCUCCACACCUCCCGGGCCGUCUAGAGGACCGACAAAGAAGAGGAAGAGGGGAAGUGUGCCAUCCGCUAACAGAGGGACAGAAUGGCGUUGGCACACCGUCCUAGAAGACGAUGUGGAGCCACCCAAACCGACCUUUAGGCCGAAAAGGAAGCCAGGACCUCAGCUAAACAUGACUGCUACGUACAGCCCCCUUCAGCUUUUUCAGCUGUUCUUCACCCAAUCCGUUGUAGAGUCGCUCGUGUCCAACACGAAUAAGAAUGGGAAGAAGAAGCAAGCGGGCAAAACGGCAGCAUGGAAGCCCAUAUCCACGGCAGACUUUUUCUGCUACCUUUCUCUGGUCAUCUACAUGGGGCUGGUGAGGCUGAAAAGACUGAAGGCCUACUGGAAAACGUCAUCUCUCUACCAACUGCCUUUCCCCUCGACUGUUAUGUCCCGCAAAAGGUUUCUGGUUCUCUCCCAGGCGCUUCACAUCUGUGACCCAAAGGUCGAUGAAGAGAAUGAGAAGAAGAGAGGCACAGCGAGGUUUGAUACACUGUGCAAAAUCAAACCUCUCUACCACAGCAUUGUCGAAGCCUGCAAGACGUACUUUCAGCCAGCCCAGAACGUGUCAAUCAAUGAGAGGAUGGUGGCCUCAAAGGACAGCAUUGGCCUCCAACAAUACAUGAGAAACAAACCAACCAAGUGUGGUCUGAAGCUGUUUGUGUUGGCUGAUUCUGCGUGUGCCUACACGUGCAAUUUCUUGGUCUACGAGGGGAAGAACAGUUUUGCGACCGGUAAGGAACUCAGCUAUGCCUCUGUAAUGGCGUUGUUGGAUUUUCAACUGCUGGGGAAGGGCUACAAACUGUUUGUGGACAACUUCUACACAUGCCCUGCCCUGUUUGCAGACCUGAGGAAGCUGGGGGUGGGCUUCCCGAAGACUAAGGUGGACGACAUGCCCAAGCAGGCUGAGCGGGGGACCAUGCGAUGGAUCCGUGAAGAUGGCCUGCUGUUUGUGAAGUGGAUGGACGCCAGAGAGGUGGUGAUGUGCUCCAAUAUCCACAAGUCCUUCAGUGGGGAUCAUGUUGUCAAACGUGUGAAGGACGCUACUGGGGCAUGGGCCACCAAAAGUGUCCCCAUUCCUGCAGCCAUCAAGGACUACAACCAGAGCAGAGGAGGUGUAGACUUGUCAGACGCGCUUAUAGGGUACUACAAUGUUCUCCAUAAGACAAGGAAAUGGUACAAGACAUUGUUUUACCAUUUCAUUGACAUUGCUGUGGUGAAUGCCUUCAUCCUCCAGAAGGAAAUGGCCAAGAGCUGUGGACAGCCCCCCAUCUCACAGCUGGUAUUCAGGGAGCAGCUCGUCCGUGAGCUUGCUAGCUACAGCAGGUCCACUGCAGCACCUUCAGUCCCCUCUACCUCUGUCCCUUCUGCUCCUUCAACCAGUGGUUUGCACAUGCUGAAAUUCCUUAUUGCAG